CAGAAAUGGAAAGUUCGAGCACAGAACUCUAUUAUGUAUUUUUGAAAAGAGACCCUGAGUAUGAGCGUCUUAAAGAAAUCCGGACAAAGAAAGGUGAAGAAGAGUUGGACAGGUACCUAGAAAAGAGACAUGAGGAGAUUCUUGAAAGUAACCUUGAGCCUGGCUCUUAUAAGAGGACCGUUUCUCUUGUCGUUGUUCACGGUUUUGGUGUUGAGAUCACCAAGCACCAGGCCCAAGUGCUAAGAUCAGCCGAUGGGGUUUAUACGGUGGAAAAGAACGAAGAAAUUAAACUUGUGUCGAGUUAA